UGAUUUUAUUUGCAAGUGUGUGCGGUUUUUUUUGAUCUCGUCCAACGAGAAGAAGAAAACCGGGAAAACCGAACGCGACCGAAAAAAAAAGAAAAAAAGUUGGCCAAAAAUCCGCCAAUCUGGCUCCCGCUCGUGUCGAAUGUAACACGACUUGGGCGAGGGCUGGAACAGCAUGGGCAGCCCGAAUGAGGCGGCCACAGAGCCUGGACCCGGCUCAGGACCGCCUGACGGUGGUCCUGCCACACAUCACGACGAAGAUGCGGCGACUGUCGAUCCGCCGCCGACGUUAGCCGCCAAUAAUAACGAAGAGGCUGGCCGGAGUGGCAACAGCAGCCCGAGUAGCACGACGGGCAGCACAGGUAGCACGAGCAGUGGUAGCAGUUCGAGCGCAUCGAGCGAGAAUCAUAGCAGCGCCACCGCUGCCAGCAAGAGAGCCAAUGGCAAACACGGCGGACGCAGAUGGAAAGCCGAGCAUCAGCCGCUCCGCAAAGCGACGUCGCCGCCGCCGGCCGUCGAAGAAGAAGAGGAGCGGACGAUUGCGGACGAAGUGGUGACGUCACUGCCGCGGCCGGAAGUCGUCGUGACUCCGAGUCGCUUGAAUCGAACGAUGCAGACGUCGGAAGAGUCGGACGACGAUGACGGCAUGGACGUCGAUAGGAAAUCGACGCCCAGCAGGCCAGCCAGUCCGUUGGUCGAUCCAUCGGCGAAAGAAGGCGAACAACAACAACAACAACCACUGCAGGAUCAUUAUUGCUUGCGCUGGACCAAUCACGGUAGUCACGUGCUGGGCGUCUUUGCCCAGCUCCUUCGAGACGAGUCGCUGGUCGACGUGACGCUGGCCGCCGAGGGCCGUUCUCUCCGAGCUCACAAAAUGGUCCUCUCGGCCUGUUCCAGCUUCUUCCGGACGCUCUUUGUCACGCACUCUGACCAGCGUCAUCCGAUCGUCAUCCUCAAAGACACAAAGUUUACCGAACUCCAGUCGCUCCUCCAGUUCAUGUACAAGGGCGAAGUUUCCGUCGAGUACGGACAACUGGCCACUUUGCUCAAGACGGCCGAAAAUCUGCGCGUCAAAGGAUUGGCCGACGUCACGACGACGGCGGCGGCAGCCGCUGCGGCCGCCACCAGCCAGCCGAAGAAAGCGGACGAAUUGGACGAAGAGGAAGAAGAGGAAGAAGACGAGGACGAAGAGGAAGAAGAUGAGGAGGACAUGUUUGACGAAGAGAUGGACGACAACCCGAUCGUGAUUGAACGCAACGCCCUGGCUUCCGGAUUGUCUUCUCUGACGGACUCGGUCGGGCGGAUGCAGCGACGCCAACGGCGUCGACAUCAUUUGCACAACCUGAGCAAUCCUUAUCGACGAUCUCUGUUGCAAUCGCAUCCGAAUCACCAAGUGAAAGCUUCCGGACGAUCGGGCCUCGAUGGCGAAUCGCUGGCCAAUCAUCACCGACUAGUACAACAGGGCGCCGGUGGUGGCGGCGGCGGCGGCGGCGGCGUCCAUUACCAGCACCACAUCAAGCGACGGGGCAUCGUCAACGACGACGACGAUGAUUCUAUAGUUCCGCUGGAUCUCAUCCAUCCGGAAGUGAUUCAAGAUCUCUCUUCCAACGCCGCUUCCUCCGUCGAUCGACGCGCUCACCACUCUAGGCGGAAUAACAACACGACUCCUCAGGCCAAUCACGUCCUGCCGGCCGAUUGGAAGCCUCCGGGCCAACUCCAGCAUCCGCCGCGGAGGCAGCUCAAACCGUCUCUCAAGUCCAAUCAUCAACACAACCACCACCACCACAAUAAGACGCAGCAUCGCAACAACGAUCCGCCGCCAUCCGCAAAUGCUUCCGGCAACGCGUCGGCCAUCCGCCAUCCGGACGACGGCGAUCACAAUCAUCGCUUUAAAAGCGGCGGUGGUGGGCCGCCGGAAGACGCCAACGAUGCCGCACUCGACGGCCAAGAAUCUCAUGCGGAUUCGAUGGCUCAAGAUUGCGGCACGGCUCAAGAUCUCCGCCGGAUGCCUCCGCAUUCGCCGCUUCAAUUGUCUCCGUCGUCGUCCUCGCCGCCUCUCCUCCCAACUGACGCUGCAGCCGGUGGCGCCGCCACGUCGGGCGGCGCUUGUGCGGCCCAUCCGCACCAUCGCUUCCGUCACUGGAUGAUGGAGGAGGAGAGCGACGAGAGUGGCGACGAGGUGGAAGACGAGGACGUUGAGGAUAAAAUGUUUAUGGAAAAUCGUCGACAGGGUACAAGUCGUAGUCACAACACUUCCGCAUCGAAUGCUCAUCAUCAUCCGCCUUCAAAUCUAUCCAUCGGUUCGCCUCAGCAUCUUCCAAUGUCGUUGAUGAAAAAGGAAGCGGGAGAUUGGAACGAUUCGGCGGCCAAUUUACCGGAAGCUUCCGGUUCAGCGGGAGCUAGCACGGCCGGAGUAGAUUCACUUCGUUCACCUGGCUCGUUUUCUUCCAACAGUUCCGAUUACGAACGCAACGCCGACGCCGAUCAGUUCUCUGACGGCCAGAUGCCGACGGCCGAGGUGGUGAUCGAAGAGGGCGAGUAUCUCAACUUCUCCGGCAGCGGAGGAGGAGCCUCUAGCGGACUAAGGAUGAGGCACGGCGGCGGAGGCGGAAGGAAGAGCCAUCACAGCCAUAAAACAGCGUCUGGUGGCGAUCUGGCCAACCACCAUCAACAACAACAGCAACAUCGCAGCAGUAGCGCCAACGCCGCCGCCGGAAGCAGCAUUCAUCCGGCCGGCCGACCCAAAAGGUUCCUCUCGUUCCCGGAAGGAGCCGCCUCUGUCGCCGAAGGCUCUGCGCAUCACUCGUCUGCAGGCGGCGUCAGCGGCGGACGGGGUCAGAAGGGCGGCGGAGGAGGAGGAAGUGAUUACCGCGACGAGGUCUCGGUUGUCGUCAGCCGUUCGGGAGCGGGCGGGAGCGCGUCGGCAGCGAACGAAACGUCGUCUUCGUCCAAUUUCCUGUCGUCCAUUUUGCCGAUGGUGGUGCCGCAAUUCGACUUUGGCAUGCGCUUCGCCGGCAUGCCGUUGGCCAUGCCCUUUGCCGGAAUCAAUCCAUCCCAUUACCGGAGUAGUAACAGUAACGCCUCUGGUGCAGCUAGUCGGUCGGGUAACAAUACGCCCCGACCCGGACCAUCUUCCUCAUCGUCUUCCUCCCAUCAGUUACAACAACAACAACAACAACAACAACAAUCAAAACAGCAACAGCAGCAACAGCAACAACACAAUGCGGCGGAUGGAGAAGAGUCGGGCGCCGGCGGGCCCGGAUCGCAGCGCAGCGGUGCCAGUAGCACGGCCAGCGAUGUGGGCGUGUGCCGCGACUCUCCGUCAUCGUCUUCCGCUUCGACGAGGGCCGUGGUCGCAUCCGGCUUCCCAUUUCCGACGUCCAUCUCGCUGAUUGAAUCUCACGUGGGCGUCGGCUUCACGCUCGGCUCGCGCGAGAAACCGUACAAGUGCGAGCAGUGCGGCCAGUGCUACAAGUACCUGUCGGCCUUCACCAAACACAAGGAGCAAAAUCACACGGCCCGCUUGCCCGGCGAGAAGCCGUUCCGCUGCGAAAUCUGCGGAAUGCAGUUCAAAUAUCUCAAAUCCUUCAAGAAACACCGGCUCAAUCACGCUGUCGAGCGGCUGCACGUCUACCCGGGCAACGUUCGAUCCAUGUCGAUGCCCGGCGGAGGCGGGGCGGCCAUGGCGGCCGGAUCGCUGGCUGGAUUCAUGGGCGUCAACAUGAUGGAGGAGCGCAGCGUUUUGGAAAUGCUGGCCAGGCCUCAGCAUCACCACCACCAUCACCACCACCGGAGUAGCCGAGGGGACGGCCUGUCCGGCUCGUCUGCCUCCGGAAGCCAAGCGGAAGCGAGGGCCCGACUGCACGGAGCCGGAGGGAACACGACGUCGAGCGGCAACGCCGACGGUAGACGAUCGUCCAGUCCGUCCAGCGAUCAGCGGCUGGGCAGCGCUCACAUCAAAUCCGAAGUGGAAGUCGUCUCUUCCGGCGACGAGCAAGAUAACAUGAUGGACGACGAGACGACGAGCGACCGGCUCAUGAGCCAAGAAGAGGCCGUCGCGGCCCAGCAGCACCAACAGCAAUUUGCGUCGGCUGCUGCCGGACGAUCGGCCUCGGCCGGCCAACAUUUGUCGCAUCCGCACCACGGACACCACUUGUCGCAGCAGCAGCACCAGAACCGGCAGCUGCUGAUGCAGCACGCCAAAUUCACGGCCGGAAGUCCAGCCGCUAGUCCGGCUUCGUCGUUCCUCCAAGGAGCGUUGCAGCUGCAGAGGCAACACCAAGUGGCCCAGCACCAAGCGGCCCUCAUGGCGGCCAACUUCCUAGCCGCUCGAGGAGCCGGGAACGCGGCGGCAGCGGCGGCGGCCGUGGCGGCCGCCAUGCCUCCUCCGCCGGGACUGGAACGGCUUCAACCGCAGCAGCAAUCGACGGCAUCGGAUCCAUCGGGACACGCUCCGACCCAGUCGGAAGAAGGUCAGUCAGAUAGGGAAGGUUCCGACGACGGUGAGACGAGCAAUAAAGGGUCCGGAAGGAAAACCACUCCGCCAACGGCAGCAGGCGCUGCUGCCGGCGGAGGAGGAGGAGCAGGAGGAGGUGGUCCCGGACCUUUCCUGCACAAUCUCAUCCGCGAUUUCAGUUCGGCGGCGGCGGCGGCAGCAGCUGCGGCCGCCGUUGCCUCCACCAGCCGGCCCUCGUUGGUCAAUUCGGCCACGUCUGGCGCCGCUGUGGUGCCGGGAGUGGCCGGCAUGACUGGACCGCCGCCCGAAUACGAUCCAGGCCGUCCGCAUUUGUGCCCGUUCUGCGGCAAGGGCUUCCGGGCUAAAGAGAACUUGAAGCUCCACAUCCGCAAGCACACGGGCGAGCGUCCGUUCGAGUGCGAAUUCUGCGGCCGAGCCUUUGGCGGCAAGAGCGACAUGAACCGUCACUUGCGGAUUCACACGGGCGAACGGCCCUACCGAUGCGACGCCUGCGGUAAAACAUUUGCUCGAGCCGAUUAUCUCUCCAAACACCUGUCCACUCAUCUCGUCUGAACCCGU